AUGGUGAGGUUUUAUGUCGUCGGUGUUGCUGCUUUACUCAAUGAUCUGUCCACCACUCUGAAGUUAUUCACAACUGGCGAUGAUCCUGGGUCAAUCAAGAAUUGUUCAGACGUCUGUGGAUUAUAUCAUACACAAGAAUCUUCCAAUGGUGCUGGAGCUCAGGCAUCUGCUUCCAUAACUUAUGACUUUGUCGUGCAUAGCGCUUGUUAUUCCCAAGGCCUAUACAAGUACCACAGAUGCUGGAAUGCAGAAUUAUUGCCCCUGAUGAAUGCCCCACCAUGGGCCCACUCUUUAUCUCCAGAGAAACUGCCAUAUUGCUCCUUGGACUUUACUAAUUCGAGUCCAAAUCUCUUCACUGCGCUUUCUCCACCUAAGGAUGAACAAAACAGUGAGGAAAUGGUGUCAUCGGCAGUGACAGAGGAAACAGAUUCUCACAUGGGAAUGGCCGUUACUGGUAUUGUACUUUUAUCGGUAACUGUGGUCAUUGCAUUUUGUGCUGAGUAUCUGAUUGCAUCCAUUGAGGAAACUGCAGUCCGCUAUUCCAUCUCGAAGGCCUUCAUUGGCAAUACUGCAGAACAUGUCACUUCAGCCUGGAUCGCAACAAAGAACAGAUACGAGCUCAUCAUCACCCAUUUUGCAUUGGGAAUUCGAUUCGUCGACCAAGCCCUGACAUUGCACUUCCAUGACUUCGAGACAAUCGUCUUCUUUAUUUCUGAAUUCCUGGUCAACAUAUUACUCAUGGAUGGAAAAGGAAGUCUUAUGCUUAUUACCCUCUACUUGGUCAUCGCUGUCGCAUUUUGGGUGGCCUGA